UUUGAAGCUCAGUGAAAUUCCAUGAACCUCUCUGUUUCAUGCAUGUACGCAGGCACGCUGAAGUUCAAGUUGAAUACAUUUAGUUAUUGGAUGCAUUAUGUUGAGAUUAAUGGCGGAUAUCUUGAAAAUAUUCCGUAAGAAGAAAGGGCAUGAAAAUCUUCAGAAAACAAAAUCUCUUUGCAGAAAAACUUUCUCAUCCUUUCCUUUGCAUGGACGGUAACUGUGUGAAUAUAUCAUCUAUAACAUUACCUAGAAAAGUGGGUUGCUUUAUUUAACCAAUGAAGCUAUACUUUUCUGCUAAUCUUGGUUCAUAGGUUUAAGUAUAUGUUGGGUUCUAAAAUGAUUUCUUAGCCAAUUUCAAGAUUUUUAAAAAGAAAAAAACCCAGAUAGAGAAUAUGUCUCAAACUCAACCUGGGGAAAGGGUCAAUGGAGCCAAUGGUUCAGCCCCAGGGAGGAACUACAAGAUUUAUUGGUGCUACCAGUGCCGUCAAUCUGUAAGGAUUGUCUCUACAAAUCCUUCGGACAUCAUCUGCCCUCGAUGUUCUGGCCAGUUCGUUUGCGAGAUGGAAAUUGAUAGGCCGAGAAUGGUUGUUGACUUAACUGCUUCUGAUCCCUCCCCUGAAGCUCGUCUGUUUGAAGCACCCUCUCUUAUCAUGGAUCCUCUGAUCCGGGUAUCCAAUCGUAUUCGUGAUUGUUCCAAUAAUCAAGAACCUGUAAGUUGGCCUUUGCUCGGGCAUCGUUUACUAGGACCUGAAUCUGUAAAUAAUCCCCUCGAGUCUCUUCAAAGGCGUAGAAGCCAUAGUUUUGAUGGAAACGAAAUUAGAGAACCUGCACAACGUUUUGAUAAUCAAGAACCUUUAGGUUGGCCUUUGCUCAGAAGUCGUUUAUUGGGAGCCGAAUCUGUAAAUAAUCCCUUUGAGCAUCGUCGAAGGUAUAGAAGCCAUAGUUCCUAUGGAAGUGAAAUUAGAGAACAAGAACAUGUACAACGUUCUAAUAAUCAAGAACCUUUAGGUUGGCCUUUCUUUAGGCUUCAUUUCCUUGAGCAUUGUCAAAGGCGUAGAAGCCAUAGUUAUGAUAGAAAUGAAAUUCAAGAACCUUCAGGUUGGCCUUUCCUCAGGCGUCAUUUCUUGGGAGCAGAAUCUAUAAGUAAUCCCCCUGAGCAUCGUCAAAGGUGUAGAAGACAUGGUUCCAAUGGAAAUGAAGUUCACGAAUCUUUAGGCCGGCCUUUCCUCAGGCGUCAUUUUCUGGGAGCUGAAUCUGUAAAUAAUCCCCUUGAGCAUCGUCAAAGGUGUAACUUCCGUAGUUCCGGUCAAAAUGAAAAUCAAGAACCUUUCGGCUGGCCUCUUCUCAGGCAUCAUUUCUUAGGAGCUGGAUCUGUAAGCAAUCCCUUUGAGCAUCGUGGAAGGUAUAGAAGCCUUAGUUCCGAUGAAAAUGAAAUUAGAGAACAAGAAUUUGAAGCUACACAUCGCCCUAGGACUUGGAUUAUCCUUAGACCUGCGGGCCCUUAUGGUCCAAGCAUAGCUGAAAGGAGUUUGCGACAAGCAAACCUUGUACAGCCUAGUAUUGAUCCAAGAAACUUCUUUUUUGGGCCAGCACUCGAUGAUUUGAACGAUCAAAUAACUCAAAAUGACCGUCCAGGAGUACCACCAGCUCCAGAAUCGACAAUCAACACAAUUCCAACCGUGAAGAUCACUGAAAUGCACCUGAUUGACAAUUUGCAAUGUCCAGUUUGCAAGGAGGAAUUCACUGUUGGUGGAGAAGCAAGGGAGCUGCCUUGUAAACAUAUCUACCACAAUGACUGCAUUGUUCCUUGGCUAAGGCUUCACAAUUCUUGCCCUGUCUGUCGCAAAGAAUUGCCUGUUAGCAGUGAUGCAGAAUCCAGUAAUUGUCAUUUCCCAGAGUCCGAGGUUUCUUCUGGAGAUCGUGGACAAUAUCGGAGGCUUAGGCAGCUGGCUAGUAACCUAUGUCCUUUCCAUAGAAGGCAUCAGAGUUCUGGUAAUGAAAAUUGAAUUUCAAUGAUUUCAUUGUACUCAUGAUUCAAUGUGAUUUAUACAUUGUGUUUAUCUUUGAACCAA